AUGAUAUCAGAUCGCAGGAACCGCUCACGUUGUCCAACUUCUUUUUUGAAACCAAGAGAUCAUGACACUGAUGAUCGAGCAGUAUCUCUUAUUUUGGAAGAUCGGGUAAUUGAUGAUGUUAAUAUCAAUCCUGUUGUUAGUAAUCCGUUUCUUUCACUUUCUAUCGAGCAGCAACGUGCGCGAUUGCCAAUUUUCAAGUACCGCACUCAUAUUUUGUAUAUGCUUGAGAAAUAUCGUGUGCUUAUCAUUGUCGGAGAAACUGGAUGUGGCAAGAGCACUCAGGUACCACAGUAUCUGAUGGAAGCAGGGUGGGCUUGCGAUGGGAGGAAAGUAGGUGUAACACAACCGAGAAGAAUUGCAGCUGUUACGCUGGCUAGUCGGGUUGCCGAUGAGAAAUCGUGCAAACUUGGUGAAGAUGUUGGUUAUGUGGUUCGAUUUGACGAUAUGACUGAUUCGAAGACCAAAAUAAAGGCAUUUAUUAUUUAUUUGACUGAUGGCAUUCUUCUUCGUGAGUUCAUGUCGGAUCCAUUACUAAAUCAAUACAGUAUAGUGAUGAUUGAUGAAGCUCAUGAACGUUCCGUGAAUACAGAUAUUAUAUUGGGUUUGUUACGGAAAAUUAUUACAGUUCGUCAAGAUCUACGUGUAAUAGUUUCAUCUGCAACGCUGGAUGCUGUCCUUUUUCGUGACUUUUUCGAAUUAAAUGACACAAAUGACAAGAGCAGGGACGUUGCUAGCAUUCUUUCGGUUGAAGGUCGCGCUCAUCCUGUCACUGUUUAUUACACAAAGAACCCUGUAUCAGAUUACAUGCAAAAAACGGUGGAAACUGUGCUUAGAAUACACAAAAAUGAGUACCCUGGUGACGUGCUGGCGUUUCUCACAGGACAAGACGAAGUAGAGUCAGUAACCAAGCAGUUAAUUGAAGCAAGUAAAGGUUUGAAGAAAGACAGUGACAAGCUCUGGGUUGUACCAAUGUAUGGCUCAUUACCGGCAUCUGAACAAUUGAAAAUAUUUGAAUCAACUUCUCAUGGUAGUAGGAAAGUUGUGGUUGCUACCAAUAUUGCUGAAACAUCUCUCACUGUACCGGGAAUAGCUUACGUUAUUGAUUGCGGUUUUGUGAAGCUUCGAUCAUUGAAUCCAAAUAAUUGCUUAGAAAGCUUAAUUAAACUGCCUAUUUCUCAGGCAUCUGCCCAACAGCGUGCUGGCAGAGCCGGAAGAAUCCGUCCUGGAAAGUGCUAUCGCCUUUAUCCAGAAGAAGAAUAUGAUAAGUUGCUAGUGAGUGCAAUACCUGAAAUGCAGCGACUCAAUUUAUCAACUGUCAUUUUGUUGUUAAAAGCUUUAGGAAUACAUAACGUUCUGCGCUUCAAUUAUUUAUCGCGGCCACCAGCAUUUGCAAUGAUUGAGGGCCUUCAGUUAUUAUUUUGUUUGGGAGCUUUGUCUAAAGAUGGUUUGUUAACUAAUCCACUGGGUACUCAAAUGGCAGAAUUUCCACUGCCACCUCAGCUCUCCAAAAUUCUUCUUUGUUCAGGUGAAUUUGGUUGCAGUGAAGAAAUCGCCAUAAUUAUAGCUAUGCUUCAAAUACAAGAUGUCUUUAUGUUGCCAUUGAAGGGUCGUCAUCAAGCUGAAUUAAUGAAAAGAAAGUUCUCAGUGGAAGAGGGUGAUCAUUUAACUAUGCUGAAUGUUUUUACAAAUUUCAUGCAGAAUGGGAGGUCUAAGCAAUGGUGUGCUAAACAUUUCUUAAACUAUCGUGGUUUGCGUCGGGCUGAAUCAAUACGUAAUCAGCUUUUAAGUUUUAUGAUGCGUUGUGAUAUCCCGUUGAAAUCAUGCAGAGAUAAUGGAGUGAAACCCAUACUUCGUUGUUUAGUGAAAGGUUUAUUCUCACAAGCAGCUUAUUACCAUUUUUCUGGCGAUUAUGUUACUGUGAGAGAUGAGUAUCAUUUGCAACUUUAUAAGAAAUCCGCAAUAAUGUACAGAAAAGAAUUUCCGAAAUGGGUGAUAUUCUCAGAGGUAUUGCAAGAUUCAAUACGUGAUGUCAGUGUAAUUGAACCAGAAUGGUUGUAUCAGUUAGCUCCUGAGUAUUAUGAAUUUGGGACGUUUAAGUCGUUAGUGGCUGAAUCCGUUCAAAAGGAACGAGCUACAUCUGCUGUUCAGAAAAGGCCCUUAAGAUUCAUUGAUGGCCCCGGUUUGGAUGAUUUUAUCCGUGAUGUGAGUGGAAAAUGUCUUAGCAAGGUUAUGCCGAAGAUAGAACAAACUGAUAGAUUUCUGAAGGAAGAUGAUGUACGUGGUGAUGGCUUAAAAGUAAAAUUUAUAACCUAUGGUUGUCAAAUGAAUGUAAAUGAUGUCGAACUGGUGCGUUCGUUGCUGCUAACGAAAGGUUACGUGGAAACAACUGAUAUCAAAAAGGCUGAUGUUGUCCUGUUGAUGACAUGUUCCAUACGCGAAGGGGCGGAAAAUAAAGUAUGGAAUGAACUUAAAGAAUUAAAGAAAAUACGUGGGAAAAGAGGUGUUACCGGAGUUCUAGGUUUGAUUUCUAUUUCGCAUUUAGGCUGUUGUAUGGCUGAAAGAGUAAAACAUAAUUUAUUAGCAUGUACCGAAAAUGUAGAUGUUGUUGCUGGGCCAGACUCAUAUCGAGAUUUGCCGAGGCUUUUGGCAGUUGCUCGCUCAGGAAGUAUGGCAAUAAAUGUCCAAUUAUCGCUAGACGAGACUUAUGCUGAUAUUGCUCCUGUUCGAUCAGAUAAAUCUUCUAGAACAGCUUUUGUUUCAAUAAUGCGAGGUUGUGAUAAUAUGUGUACAUAUUGUGUAGUACCAUAUACAAGAGGACGGGAAAGAAGCCGGCCAUUAGAUUCAAUUUUGGACGAAAUAAAACAUUUGUCUGAUCAGGGUGUGAAGCAAGUAACUUUGCUUGGACAAAAUGUGAACAGUUAUCGCGAUUUAUCUGAAACGUCAUUUCCUCUUCCAUCUAUAGCAGAACCUGGUCUUGCUCCUGGAUUUCAAACUAAAUAUAAGCCAAAAAAAGGUGGACACUCCUUUCUCACUCUGUUGGAUAAAGUAUCAGAAAUUGAUCCUGAAAUGAGAAUACGUUUCACGUCGCCACAUCCAAAAGAUUUUCCUAUUGAGGUCAUACAACUAAUCAAAGAACGUUCAAAUAUAUGCAAACAAAUUCAUCUACCAGCGCAGAGUGGAAGCAAUGCUGUACUGAAGACCAUGGGUCGCGGAUACUCUCGAGAAAGCUAUUUAGAAUUGGUCAAUCGGAUUAAAAAUUUGAUACCAAAUAUAUCCCUAACAAGUGACUUCAUCGCUGGAUUCUGUGGUGAGACCGAACACUGCCAUCAAGAAUCGCUGGAUCUGAUCAGACGUGUUCUCUAUUCUUUUUGCUAUGUUUAUCCGUAUAGUCAGAGAGAAAAAACGAAGGCAUAUCGUUAUAUCAUCGAUAAUGUGCCAAACGAAGUAAAGAACAGACGUCAUCAAGAGCUGGCACAAGUGUUUAGAGAGGGAGCUUUGAAAUUCAAUGAGACCCUCGUUGGAAGUAAACAGCUAGUUCUCAUAGAGGAAACAAGUAAACGCUCUUCUGAACAUUUACGAGGAUGGACUGAUGGUGGAGUAAACGUGAUUGUUCCGAAAUAUCACUAUGUUGGUUCAAGUAUGAUAGAGCUGAAACCUGGGGAUUAUGUUGCUGUUAAAAUAUUAACUUGCAAUUCGCAGACGUUGCAAGCUCGGACACUUUGUCUGACAAAACUCAGCGAUUUCGAGCGACUGAAAGGAUCCACAAGUAAAUAA